AGAAGGAGGCGAACACUUCAGAGUCCCGCAAAACCCAAAACCUCGCGUUCGUCUUCUUUCCCAUCUCCGACCGGCGGAAAAUGUUGCGGUCAAUUCUGAAAGCAACAGCCGCAGCCUCCAAAUCCCACCUAUGCAAUCGAAAUCCUUUUCCGAUCCUAUCUCUUACUUCAAAUUACUCAGCUAAGGUCACCAAAUCCUCCAUUAAGAAGGCCAAGAAGGGCAAGUCCAAGGCCGACGGCAAAGCUGGCGAUGACCUCUCCGCCUCCGCUGCUGCUACCGACGACUUAGAUGCUGCGCUUUCUGAUGAUAAAUCCCGCGCCCGCCGUCUUGCUGCUGAGGAAAAUGAUACCUCACUCGACGUUGGCCCAAAUGGCCGCCCACUCUUUACCUCCGCUUCUUCACUUUCACAACUCACUCGCAAGGAUGCAGGCACUUAUUUCAAAUUCAAUAUGGAAGGACUUAAUGAGGUACUGCCGGAGGGUUUGCCUUUGGGGAUGGUCAAGGAGUUUGAAGAGUCCAUGCGAAGUGCUGUGCUUGUGCGGCAGAGUUUCUUGGAUCUCCGCGACAAUUUCAGGCGCGUGGUUGAUCCUUCGUUGCUGUCACCGGCUGGUUCAAAAAUUAGAAAACAGAUCGUCUUGGAUGGUCCAGUUAAUUGUGGAAAGAGUAUUGCGCUCGCCAUGCUCGUUCAUUGGGCUCGUGAUGAAGGUUGGCUAGUUUUGUAUGUUCCUAGUGGACGUCGGUGGACUCAUGGAGGGUUCUUCUUUAGAAACCCUCAAACAGGACUUUGGGACACACCCGUUCAGGCUGAAGAUGUUCUGAAAGAUUUUCUGAAGUACAAUGAGACCUGCUUAAGACAAUUGCCAUGCCAAAUAUCUGAACCUAUACUGCUGGGAGAAGGCGUUGGCGUUGGGAUGAUGAAAGGUGCCGAUUCCAUGACGAUGCCUGAUGGUUCAACAUUAUACGACCUAAUUGAUACUGGAAUCAAGCACACUCAUGCGGCUGUUGGGGUUGUAGUUCGUUUAAGAAAAGAACUAUCGCUUGUGAAAGAUAUUCCUGUGCUCAUUGCUAUUGAUCAAUAUAACAACUGGUUUACAUUCAGUGAGUAUGAAGAACCAGUGACUGUUCGUUCAACUCGACCAAUACAUGCUAGAGAACUUGCAAUGGUGAAUGCUUUUAGGUCUAUGAUGCAUGACGACAUGAUGGUUGGUGCUUUCUCCCAUUCAACUGCUGUAGGAAAGUUGCGUCAAGACUUGCCAGAUGUUCCUCUAGGUGCACGUCUUAAUUUCCCUCGCUACAGUCUUGAUGAAGCGGCUUCUGUUGUCCACUACUACCUCAGACAAAGACUGAUACGCCGUGAAGCCUUCUCGGAGGAUGGCUGGAAAAAGAUAUACUAUUUGUCGAAUGGAAAUGGAGCGGAAAUGCGGUGGUUGGUACCAUUGAUGCGGUGACACCAAUGACGCCGAUUUCCUCUUGCCUGCUCGAUUGUGGACUCGGUACCGGAGCUCAGUUCUCAUGCAGAUUCCUUCCCUCAGAAUUGGAUUUCCCUUACCCUCUCACUCAAGAUUCUACAUAUCAUAGGUUUGCUGCCCUCAAAUAUGGAGUCCACUGUUUGUAUUUGUAGUUUUAGGGCCACUUCGGAGAAUUAACCUUUUGUAAGGCAUUAUUUUUAUACUCUAUUUGGUUACACUUGUGCUCUUUCUUGUUUUUUAAUAAUAUAUUUUUAUAUACAUUCUUCAAUAAGCUGUCAUCUUUAAAGGAACAACUUAAGAUACUUGCCCAUUUGGC